CCCUACCCGCCCCAGCAGCACUCCCGGGCCGGGAUGGGGGAGGUGGGGGGAGGUGUGGUGGAGCAGCGAGACUCCAGUGGCGGCCGCUCCCCUCCGAGCACCCAGAGAUCUCGGAGCUCCGCUGUUUCCUGUGCUGUAGCUCCCGUUGCGGCGGCGCCGGUGGCAGCCCUGGCGGAGGCAGGAGCGAUGGCAGCGACCGAUAUAGCUCGCCAGGUGGGUGAAGGUUGCCGAACUGUCCCCCUGGCUGGACAUGUGGGGUUUGACAGCUUGCCCGACCAGCUGGUGAAUAAGUCAGUCAGCCAGGGCUUCUGCUUCAACAUCCUGUGCGUGGGAGAGACAGGUUUGGGCAAGUCCACCCUCAUGGACACCCUGUUCAACACCAAGUUCGAGGGGGAGCCAGCCACCCACACACAGCCGGGUGUCCAGCUCCGGUCCAAUACAUAUGACCUUCAAGAAAGCAACGUGGGGCUAAAGCUCACCAUUGUUAGCACAGUGGGCUUCGGGGACCAGAUCAACAAGGAGGACAGCUACAAGCCCAUUGUGGAAUUCAUCGACGCCCAAUUUGAGGCCUACCUGCAGGAGGAGCUGAAGAUCCGCAGGGUACUGCACACCUACCAUGAUUCCCGCAUCCACGCCUGCUUGUACUUCAUCGCCCCCACGGGUCAUUCCUUGAAGUCUCUGGACCUAGUGACGAUGAAGAAGCUGGACAGUAAGGUAAACAUCAUCCCCAUCAUUGCCAAAUCAGAUGCCAUUUCUAAGAGUGAGCUAACAAAGUUCAAAAUCAAAAUCACCAGCGAGCUUGUCAGCAAUGGAGUCCAGAUCUACCAGUUCCCUACAGAUGAUGAGUCGGUGGCAGAGAUCAACGGAACCAUGAACGCCCACCUGCCGUUUGCUGUCAUUGGCAGCACAGAAGAACUGAAGAUAGGGAACAAGAUGAUGAAGGCACGGCAGUACCCCUGGGGCACGGUGCAGGUUGAAAAUGAAGCCCACUGCGACUUUGUGAAGCUGCGGGAGAUGCUGAUCCGGAUCAACAUGGAGGACCUCCGGGAGCAGACCCACAGCCGGCACUAUGAGCUGUACCGCCGCUGUAAGCUGGAGGAGAUGGGCUUUAAGGACACCGACCCCGACAGCAAACCCUUCAGUUUACAGGAGACGUAUGAGGCCAAAAGGAAUGAGUUCCUAGGGGAGCUCCAGAAAAAAGAAGAGGAGAUGAGACAGAUGUUCGUCCAGAGAGUCAAAGAGAAAGAAGCUGAACUUAAAGAGGCAGAAAAAGAGCUGCACGAGAAGUUUGACCGUCUGAAGAAGCUACACCAGGACGAGAAGAAGAAGCUGGAGGAUAAGAAGAAAUCCCUGGACGAUGAAGUGAACGCUUUCAAGCAGAGAAAGACGGCAGCCGAGCUGCUCCAGUCCCAGGGCUCCCAGUCUGGAGGCGCACAGACUCUGAAAAGAGACAAAGAGAAGAAGAAUUAACUCUGCUGUUUGCUGCAUGCUGCAUGAGACCCAGGGUCCCGUAAUCCAUGGCUGUGUACUGAAUAGUAUUCCCCGCUACAGCUGGACUGGACUCCAUUUAGCCUUUUAAGCCAAGGUUCCUAUUGUAACUGACAGCUUUCCUUUGGAGCGCCAGGCAGCUGGGUCCCCUGCCCCUGCCAUGUACUUCCACUUCAAGCCCCACCUCUUCUUUUGAUUUCUGCCUCACAGUCCCACUGGCACUGACCAUGACCUUCUUCUUUUUUAUUUUUGAGGUUUUUUUUUUUUUUUGGUCACUUUCUUUCAAAACACACAAACAAGGCUAUGCGAAAUUUUCAGGCCUUUUUGAAGUAUUGAGAAUGGGGAGGGGGGUUCUCGCUUCAAUAAUAGAUAAUGACAGGAAGCAAAAAGUAGAAAAAACGAAAAGCAAACAAAUGCACACACUUUAUCUUUUCUUGUUGGCAAAGCAAGAGUGCAGUUUUGAUAUGUAUUGUUUGGUGAGUCACUGAUUGGUGAGUGGCCAGAAGCAAGUAUGAAGGUGGUGCUGUGAAAGCAUAAGCUAGUUUCUUGAGAAAAUCCAAGUCACACAGUGGAGCAUUUUAGGAGACCCUGUGCUCGGAGAUUUAAAAAACAAAAAAACUUGGGUACUCAGCCAGUAGCUCAGGGAGAUGCUAAGCUAGGGCUGUCAGGUCUCCUUGGGAAAGGCUACUUAUUUGCAGCUUUGAUGUUUCUGUGACCAGUUUCACGGCUGCUUCCCAAGAAUCCCAAACUUAAACAACUAAUCGGUCUCCAUCCGCAGUAAUUAUUUGCAUUACAAAUAGGAGGCCCCCUCAUUUGCAUUUGUUUACAGAUUAACUACUUGAGGCUUGAGGAGCUCUGAAAACUUCAAAAGGUAUUAGAGCCACCCAGCCUUUGAGAGACCUUCAGAGACUAGGCAGGAAUUUUGUAUGAAGGGAGACAUUUUGGUCCAGAAGACAGUUAGGACCCACUUUUUUGUAAGAGGAAAUUGAGGCCCCGAGAAAUGAAGGGACUUGCCAGACACCCCAGUCCUGUUUCAUGGCAGAAGCCAGGCUAAAUUCAGUGUCUCCUGAGUCCCGAGCCAUUUUACAAAUGGACUCAAUGUGUUCAUGUAUGUUCCUGGAGACAAGUCUUUUGAUGUUCCGGAGAAAAUGAAUAGUUAGUAUUAGAGGGCCUUUGAGGUUUUUAUCCCGUAGGAAAAUAUUCGAGGAUGGGGUGGGUAGGGAUAGGCAAAGCAGAGGACUCUAGGCCAGCUCCUGAACUGAGCACUUCCGCGGACGAUAAGAGUCACAGGCACCUGUUAGCUGCUCAGCUUUCCUGGGAGUCUGGAAUGGGGCGUGCGGAUGCGGAUGUUUAACAGGUGCCCUAGAUGAUCCCUGUCAUCAAGGAAGUUUGGUAAACAAAAAUCUACCCUGUGAGUGAACAUGAGACCUUUAGAAAGUCAACCAAGGCUAUUAAAAGAAUUAAAAUGCUUAUUUUAUUGGGUAGCUUGUCUCACUGUAGACAGAAAGGGUUUCUUCCUUUUUCAGUGAAAAGACUUUUUAAGUGGUACAGUUAUUACUAUUUUAAAAAAUACCCUAAGUACUCUGUUUACUUCUGGUGAAACAAAACCAGUCGUUAGAAAUGGUCUGUGUCCGGCUCCACGCCCACCCCAACCGAGACUGGAAUAGAAUGGUUUUCUUGAAAAAUCCCCACGUGUACACACACACACCCCUCAUGUCUCUUAAGCCAAGAAGUUUGCUUUUCCUAGCUGCAGUCCAGAUCACUUUUUUUUUGUUUAUGUUUUUUGUUUUAAUUAUUUGGCAUUCACAUGUGGCUGUUAAUAUGUGCGCUCUCUCUCUCUCUCUCUUUUUUUUUUUUAAUUAAAACAAGAAGCUUUUAACUGGUGUGUGGUGUUCUUAAAACCUUCUCAGCAGAUUUCCCGGUGGUGAUGGUCCAUCAGUGACCCCAUUUCUCACCUGUCUUCUCCAAGUAUACUCUGUGCUACCUCACACUGCCCACUUCCCUCACCCUGUCUUACUUUGAAUGUCCUUUUUCUUUAGCUAAUUUCAUGUUUUCUUUCUCUUUCUCUCUCCCU